GCUUUGCCUGCAAAGUACAGGCGAAGUGUAAUCAAGUUCUAUUCUGUGUGAAAAGAGGGAUUCUUUUAAGCUUUGUUUAUAAAGAAAAUCUUUAUGUAUUUCUGUGAUCUAAAUAAAGCAGGAAGAGAGGGAUCGCGCUCUAUUUUCUAAAUCCAAACAUAUGUUAAAACAUUUUUGAAUCAGUGACCCAUGACAGCAAUGUCAGGUCGUUUCCCUCCAUUCGUUCAGUUUAAAUUUGGCCUUAGUUUGUAACAACAAAUUGUCCUUUUUUGGCCUAGUUUUGCACUAAAUAAUUUGUACUUUCGACUUUGCAAAAAUGCUUUCCAAAAAGAUCUCAGUAAACAGGCGGCUAUUGGCCUUUGAAUUCGGAAAUCUGGUAAAGAUUCGAGGAAUUGCAGAGUUCCAGCUGUGUAAUCCCCAGAACUGGCCGGGUGAUGACCUGCAGAGCCGUGCGUACGAGCGAACUUGGUUCAAUCGGCAUGAGGCACCAUCCGAGGAGAUCCGAGGAGUGCACAACCGGCGCCUCGACGAGACCAUGUACAGCCCCAAACUCUGGACGGAGCGCGAGUACCAGUCCACGUGGCGGGAGCACAUUAUGGAGGAGGAGGAGGAUGAUGAACCCAGUUACCAGGAGCAGUUAGCGAUACAGAAUCCGUGCGAAGAGAGCCAAGCGGCACAAAUUCCCGAUACGCUGCCCCGAUUCGAUUCGACGAGGCGACUCCAGAAGACUUUUAUUCCUGCAAGCGAGUUCUUCUCCAAGUUCAUCUCCGACCAGCAGAAGCGCAGGAUCCGUCACUACGAGGCAGAGGUGAUUGCAGAUCGCUUGGGACACUAAGGGCCUUGGCGAAUGUGUGGCACGGUCCAGAUCAGUCCGUAAAUUGUUAAGCAGAACAGAAAUCCAAAUAAAUUAAAGAACUCACAAGUAUGGUUGUUGUGAAUAAUUCAA